AUGGUUGCUUUGAAUCUCCCUGCUGACGUUUUGGCCAGCGCCGAUGGCUCUCGCAAGCUCUUCAACAAGUGGUCGUAUGAGGAUGUCGAAGUCAAGGAUAUCUCUCUCCAAGACUAUAUCCAAGUGCGUCAACACGUCUACUUGCCCCACACUGCUGGUCGUUUUGCUGUCAAGCGUUUCCGCAAGGCUCAAUGCCCCAUUGUCGAACGUUUGACCAACUCGCUCAUGAUGCACGGUCGCAACAACGGCAAGAAGCUUAUGGCUGCUCGUAUCGUCCAACACGCUUUCGAGAUCAUCAACCUCUUGACCGACCAAAACCCCAUCCAAGUCAUGGUCGAUGCUAUCAUCAACACUGGUCCUCGUGAAGAUUCCACCCGUAUUGGCUCUGCUGGUACCGUUCGUCGUCAAGCCGUUGAUGUCUCUCCCAUCCGUCGCGUCAACCAAGCUAUUGCUCUUUUGACCACUGGUACCCGUGAAGCUGCUUUCCGCAACGUCAAGACUAUUUCCGAGUGCCUUGCUGAUGAGCUUAUCAACGCUGCCAAGGGUUCUUCCAACUCGUACGCCAUCAAGAAGAAGGAUGAGCUUGAGCGUGUUGCCAAGUCCAACCGUUAA